AUGGGACCCGCGCGAACGAAUUGGUUUUGGCAGCGCUUACUGGUCUUCAGCUGCUACUGCGCCCAGGCAAUCGCCAAUGGUCCCUGCAAAAACUCCCCUACCUCCCGACGUUGCUGGGGCGAAUACAAUAUCACCACUGAUUAUUCGGUUGUCACGCCUGACACUGGUGUUACAAGAGAGUACUGGCUCGCAGCGCAAAAUCUCACCUUGGCCCCUGAUGGCUACGAGCGACAGGUUCUUGUCUUCAACGGAAGUUUACCAGGUCCAACAAUUGAAGCAGACUGGGGAGACACGGUAGUAGUCCAUGUGACGAACCAAUUGACAGACAAUGGGACCACGGUCCAUUGGCACGGAAUUCGCCAACAGAACUCCAAUCCUUCAGACGGCGUUCCUGGCGUCACGCAAUGCCCCAUCGCCCCCGGCGACUCCAUGACGUACCGCUUUCGCGCCCAGCAGUACGGCACCGCGUGGUACCAUGGGCACUUCAGCAUGCAGAUGGCUGACGGUCUCUACGGGCCGAUCGUAAUCCACGGCCCAGCCAGCGCCGACUACGACGUCGACCUGGGCCCGGUGUUUGUCUCCGAUUGGUACCACCAAAGCGCCUUCAUCACCUGGAGACAGAAGACCAUGUACGGCGGGUUCCCCGCGCGUACCAAUGCCAAUGCCGAAAACGGGCUCUUCAACAGCACCAACAACUACCCCUGCGAUGACAGCGACGACCCGGCCUGCCUGGGGACCGGCAAGCGCAGCGAAACGACCGUCACCAAGGGCAAGCGGUACCGGAUGCGACUGAUCGACUCCAGCCUGGACGGGUGGAUGCGAGUCUCCAUCGACAAUCACAAGCUGAUCGUGAUUGCAGCAGACCUAGUCCCAAUCGUGCCAUACGUGACCGACAAUGUGGUGAUAACGUCGGGCCAGCGCUACGACAUCAUCUUCGAGGCAGACCAGGACGUUGGAAACUACUGGAUGCGCACCGAGUACCAGUCGGUGUGCAACAUGCUGGACAUCGAUCGCAACGACAUCCGCGGCAUUCUGCACUACGAGGGCGCCGAACCCGACGAGGAACCGACCAGCGAAAAGUGGCCGAUCCUGCCCGCGUGCGGCGACGAACCCUACGACAAGCUCGUGCCGUACGUGGCCAAGGAUGUCGACGUGGCGGACACGCAGGAGGAUCUGGGCAUCGGGUGGUUCUACGAGAAGGAUCUGGUCUUUCACUGGGCAAUCAACACCAAGCCUUUGACCAUUGACUGGAGCCAUCCGACGGACCUGCUCGCCGCGCAGCAUGCGGUCGAAUAUCCGGAGGAGACCAACGUGUAUAACAUCUCGGGGAACCAGUGGACCUACUGGGUCAUCCAAGACGUCGGCUUCGUCGACGCAUUCCAUCCCUUCCACCUCCACGGCCACGACUUUCACAUCCUAGCCCAGGGACGCGGCCUAUACAACCCUACAACCGUUAAGCUCAACCGCAAGAACCCGCCCCGGCGCGACACAGCUACCAUGGCAGGGUCCGGGUAUUUGGUAAUCGGAUUUGAGACGGACAAUCCGGGAUCCUGGCUCAUGCAUUGCCAUAUUGCAUGGCAUACGAGCCAGAGUCUGGCGCUCCAGUUUGUGGAGCGCGAGUCGGAGAUUCCGGCGUUGAUGGAUAUGGAGAAGUUCCAGGAUACGUGCGAUAAGUGGGAUAAGUAUGCUAAGGGGGCAGCUCAUGAACAGGAUGAUUCUGGGAUAUGA